AUGGCCCGGGCAGAUGGAAUCAUCAAACUAGAAGAAGAAGAGUUCACCCACUCACAACGCCCCACUUCCACCAUUGCGAUCCCAAAGCCUCCACCGGAGCAAAAGGUGGAGACGAAGCGAUAUUCCUCAAGACAAGAACCUAGCAACAGACCUAAGCAAAGUCGACCUUUCACCAGGCUCAUAGUGAGUUUAGCCAAACUAUUUCAUGAGAACAAGGGCAAAGGUAUAUUUCGAACACCACCUGCGAUUCGCGAAUCCCCAGAAAAGCGAGACAGGAACAAGAUGUGCGCCUAUCAUAACGACUUUGGACAUAAUACUGAUGAGUGUCGAAGUCUCUGGUAUCAGGUGGAGGCAAUGCUGAGAAAGGGAAUGUUAUCCCAGUACCGCGCUGAAUCUAAGAAUAAGGCAAGUGAAGAGGGUGGGUCAAAAACAAUGACCGGUAAUAUCGCAAAUGAAGAACUGCUGGAGAUCAACACCAUCCAUGGUCAAUUGAAUCUCGUGGAAGGAAAAGAGGCUCGAUCCCGGUUCGAAAAAAGACGAGCCGAAAAGGUGAGACGCAUAAACGAGAUCACAUCUACCUCUGAAUCUGCCAAAGCCCUGGAAAAGAUUACAGUCAUCUCAUUCACGCAGAAAGACAUGGAAGGAAUUGAGUUCCCUCAUAACGACGCAUUAGUGGUGACCCUCCGUGUUGCCAAUUCGAUGGUAAAAAGAGUGAUGAUUGACAGGGGAAGUAGCGCAGAUGUAUUAUUUUGGAGCACCUUCAAAAUAAUGAAGCUGGAUGAAAAUGAGAUUCAACCAAACCCAACACCGAUCUACGCAUUUGAAGGGACGAAAGCACAACCGAUCGAAGAUGUGACUCUGCCGGUCAUUGCCGCAGUCAAGAGCCAGGAAAAAUCCCAACAUGUUAGGCACCUGGAAGAAGUCUUCAACAUACGAAGGAGAUAUCACAUGCGGCUUAACCCGAAGGCAGGGCAGUUCUUGGGGCAAAUAGUGAACAAUCGAGGCAUCGAGCCCAACCCAUCGAAGGUGGAGGCGCUACGGAAUAUGCCUGAUCCAAGAACACCUAGAGAUGUGCAAGACGGAAGCAUAUGGGGGCCAGAACAAAGAGAAGCCUUUGAGCAGCUGAAGAAGUACCUCGCCAGUCCCCUGACCCUGACGAUUCCAAAGCAAGGUGAACCUUUAUACCUAUACAUGGCUGUAACUGAAAUUGCUGUAAAUGUUGUACUGCUAAGGAAGGAAAAUUCACUCCAGCAACCUAUAUUUUAUGUGAGCAAGAGCUUAAUUGAGGCCGAGAAAAGAUAUCCACUGGCUGAGAAACUCGUGUUAGCUUUAGUGACGGCCAAGCGGAAACUUCGACAAUACUUCGAGGCACACACGAUCAUCGUAAUUGCCGAUUUCCUAGUAGAAUGCUAUCCACCUAACAAACAACAAGAAAACCAUGAUGAAGUCAAGGAGGCAUCAAACCUGGACAAGGCCCAAUGGGAAUUGUAUAUAGACGGAUCAUCUAAUCAGGCAGGAGCAAGAGUGGGAAUCGUGCUCUCGUCGCUUGAAGGAGUGGACCUGGAGUAUUCCGUCCGAUUAGACUUCCCCGCUUCAAACAACGUGGCGGAAUACAAAGCCCUAGUGUUAGGACUCCAACUAGCUAGGACACUGAAGGUGGGACACUUAAUUGUCCAUAGCAACUCUCGCCUCAUAGUCGGCCAGACAACUGAGGAGUAUGCGGCUAAGGAUGAACGAAUAGGGGCAUAUCAAUGGUUGGUAAAGGAUUUAGCCAGCAGGUUCGAAAAAAUAAAGUUUGAACAAAUACCGAGAGAAAUGAACGUUCAGGUAGAUCGCUUGGCCCACACUGCAUUAGCAUCAGUGGAAGACAUGAGGGUCGCCCCGGUGGAACUCUUAUCGAGUCCCAGUAUACCAAUUGAUCCUGGAGUUAUCCAGAUUGAUGCCGAAGAAGAAACGUGGAUGACUCCAAUCAUGAACUAUCUCACAAAGGGAACCCAACCCAAUGACCUGAUCGAGGCAAGGAAAUUACGAAUAAAUGCCGCAAGACAACCAGCCGAGGAACUUAACCUUGUUGUAGGGCCUUGGCCAUUCGCCCCCUGGGGGAUGGACAUAGUGGGACCACUUCCCACCGCAGUGGGGGGCAAGAAGUUCGUCCUUUUGGCCACUGACUACUUCACCAAGUGGGUGGAAGCCGAGGCUUACAAGACGGUGACCCAAACAGAUGUGAUAAGAUUCCUAUGGCGGAAUAUAAUUUGUUGUUUUGGGAUACCAAAGGCCAUUGCGACGGACAAAGGAACCUAG